AUGUUAAAGAUUGUAUUCCUUAUCGCUGCCGUAAUUGGUACGGCCACUGCAUACAUUGUUGGAAAUGGCUAUAACAUCGCAACAAAACAUGCCAAACAAUAUUACAGCAGUGGCGAAAAUUUUGGAAAUUCAGGUUACGGAGCAACUGGCUAUGGCGGUAAUGGAAACCUAGGCUAUGGCGCCAGUGGAAAUUCAGGUUAUUCCGGAAACGGACACGGGAAAUUCAAAAAACUGGAAAAAUACGACAACUAUGAAGAUAAUGAUUACAAAGAUUAUUACGUCUACCCAAAGUACAAGUUCAAUUACGGAGUUCAGGAUGCGCACACUGGUGAUCACAAAACGCAAUGGGAAAUUCGCGAUGGGGAUGUUGUGAAGGGAGGAUACACUGUUUACGAGCCCGACGGCACUAAGCGAGUGGUUGAAUAUACCUCCGACAAACACAACGGAUUUAAUGCUGUUGUGAAGAAAAUUGGACACGCUCACCAUCCGCAGCUGUACGGAACGACCGAUGGUGUCUCUGGCGGUGGCUACGACGAACAUCACGAAGACGAAAGCUACAGCUAUAAUGACGUUCAAUGA